AGAGGAGGGAGGUUAAGAGAAGAGACAGCACCGUGGAGGAGGAGAGGGUGGUUAGAAAAAGGAGGGCGGAUAGUCAAAAGUUUGGCAUAUUUAAGACAAAGACAACAGCAAGUGUGAGAUUAGGAGCUUUCAAACUUUGAGGAGGGAGAUUCUCCAUUACUACUACGAGGAAUUUGGUUUUGUAUGUUUAACAGAAAUCAGAGGAACUGGAUCACAAUCAGCUUUCUGACAACUCUGGACUCUGGAGACGAAGCAGCAGGAGACCAGAGCUGCAGGAACCCAACAUACCAUAGAUAAGGGAACCUCCAAAGCUCCAUCAGAAGCUCUUGAAGUUUUUUUAAAGGAAAAACGGUGUGAAAUAAUUUCUUUCCAGAGAAUAGAGGACUUUGUUGAAGUGUGAGCCAAGAAAGUGUGAGUGGAGAUCUGAAUGGACUCUUGAGAAGAAGUGAUCGAAGCAGAAACAACCCCAAAGAACCAACACCAAGUGGCCCCUGUAGACCCUCUCUACGAUCUCAUCAUGAGUAUGACUGGAACUCUGGAGGCGGGGGCCCAUCACCAGGCCUUAGACCUGUCUGAGGAACUGCCCUCUCAUCACUACCAUCACCAUAACAACCACCAUCAGCAUCUCCAUCACUCAAACUCCCUGGCCUCUACCACAGCUGUGGGAGGUGGUAACGAAAUGCCUUCACGUGUGGUCGUACCUCCUCCUUAUUCUGCAGCCGAGAGCGGAGGAGGUGGCAGUGAAGCUCCUCUGGAGCUGCGGGGCUCCCUGGACUGCUGGGCCUGCUCAGUACUGGUGACAGCUCAGAACAUGGUUAUAGCUGCGAUUAAUGCCUGCCUUGCCGGACUGGUGUUCGGGACCAUCCUUACACCCACGAUUGUCAUGGUGGCGUUUGGCUUCCUCUGCCACUCAACAGUCCGCCCUCAUGGGACCACCCCCUACUGCUCAGACCUGCUGACUGAUGGAGGUUGUGUAGCCCUGUUGGUGGUAGGCUUCCUCUUGGUCACCCCUCUUCUUGUGCUGGCACUGGCUGCAUACUGCCGUCUGGCCCGACACCUCCAGCUGGGGCUGUGCUUCAUCCCAUAUAGCAGGGCCGUGUACAAGAACCUGCCAGCAACCCAUCACCGUGGCCUGGGUGCUGGCUGCUGUGGUGGCCGAGAUGGAGCUGAUGGUGGUGGGAAGGGAAAGGUCUGGGUGUGAGGAAUAGAUGUGCAUCAGUUAGAGGGGAGUGGAGUAAAACCAUAAGAUUAAUCUAUCAAUCUUUAUUUGUAUCAUGCCAAAUCACAACAAACGUUAUCUCAAGAUACUUUUACAAAAAGAGCAGGUCUACACCAUACUCUAUGUUCUAUUAUU